AAGCAGAAGUCAUAGCACUAUCUCCCAACACCCUAAUGGCAACAAACAGGUUUGUAUGUGAGGUGUGCAACAAGGGGUUCCAAAGGGAACAAAAUCUUCAACUGCACAGAAGAGGACAUAACCUCCCUUGGAAGCUUAAGCAGAAGACUACAAAAGAAGUGAAGCGCAAGGUGUAUCUGUGUCCCGAGCCGACUUGCGUGCACCAUCACCCUUCAAGGGCUCUUGGUGACCUCACAGGAAUCAAGAAACACUACUCAAGAAAACAUGGUGAGAAGAAGUACAAGUGUAACAAGUGCGCAAAGAAGUAUGCUGUUCACUCUGACUGGAAAGCCCACACAAAAACCUGUGGUACUAGGGAGUACAAAUGUGACUGUGGAACUCUUUUCUCAAGGCGGGACAGUUUCAUCACUCACAGAGCUUUUUGUGAUGCACUUGCUCAAGAAAGUGCAAGGAACCCACCCCCAUUGGGAAUUGGUGCGAGCCAACUAUUUGGUAGCAGUAGCAACAGCAGCACCAUGAGCAUGGACAUGUCUCAAAUUGGUUCCCAAAUGUCUGCAGGGCAAGAUCAUGAUCAUCAGAACCAGCCAAAGGCUGAUAUGCUACGCCUAGGAAGUGCAAGGACUGGGGUCACUGGGCAAUUUGAUAACCUAAUCGGAUCAUCAAUGGGUUCGGCUCUUCGCCCGUCAAAAUCCAUGGCUUCUUCUAGCUACUUCUUGCCAGAAUCUGAUCAGGAAGAUUAUCAUCUGGAGAAUCAUUCUCAACAUGAGUUUUUCUCUAACAAAACUCUUCAUCAUGGCCUGAUGCAAUUUUCUGAUCUUCAGAACAAUUCAAGCGCUUCGGCUGGGUCGAGUAUUUUUAACCUUAGCAUUUUCCCAAGCAGCAGCAAUGCUGGUAACUUAGGCAACAACAGUCCCAACAGCACCAGCAACAUAUCUUCGAGCUUCCUGUUUUCAAACUUAUGCAACAGCAGCCACCAUCAUCAUGCAAGUGGAAGUAGCAAUGGAGGGUCGAGCUUAUUCUCUGAUCAUCUUGUUCGCCAGCACCUGAGCUCUGCCUCCAUCCCUUCUCACUACAGCACUUCGAUUCAAAGCAAUAGCAUUAGCCCAUAUAUGUCAGCAACUGCCCUGCUUCAAAAGGCUGCUCAACUGAGCUCAACAACGAGCAACUCUACCGUGGCUUUCCUAAAAUCCUUCACAAGCGGGGCGUCCUCUAGUGGCACAAAACCUGAUCCAGACCCUAUUAGUUCAACUCAAUUUGGAGGCAUCUUUGGCGAUUACAACACUGGAAACCAUAUCUAUGAGUUCAUGAGUUCCAUUACCGGUCCGAGGUCCUCCAUUUUCAGACCAUUUGGUGGAGCUCCACAUGAGCAUGACUAUGGAUAUAGUGCUACUAAGCUCAACUUUGGUGAACAAUCUCUGAGACACAGAAGCCCAAGUUUCUCCAACCUGGAACAAGCUAGUAAAAUGCAGCAGAAUCUUGGGGUUAGGUUUGGAGGAGCCGAUCAAGGGCUAACAAGAGACUUUCUUGGGGUUGGACCUGCUGGAGAGCUUGUGAGAAGCAUGAGUGGAGGAGGGUUUGGGCAGAGGGAGCAUGGAGUGGAGAUUAAGCCAUUGGAUUCAGAGAGAAAGACUGCUCCCGAAAGCCCUCCUUUUGGGGGAGGGGUGAAUUUUCGUUGAAGUUAGAAAAUGGUGGCAAAAACUACAGUUGGCAGGAACUCUAGCGUCAUUGAAGAUGGAUGUAGCUUUUUGCCUCUUCUCAUACAACUCCAAGAGCAGCUGUCGUUUGAAGAGUUGAUUGUCUGGAAGUUCUUUAUCUUAAAACGCAAAAUUUGCUUUAAGUUUAAUUAUUUUAGUUUGACGUUCUGAAGGAUUUUUUUCUUAAGCUUAAGAAAAAAAAUACUUGAGACAUGCUUUUCUAUUUUAUUAAA